AAAAAAAGUGUAAAAUCAAUAUUAUGUAAAAAUGUGAUGAGGAAAAUACCUGAUGUAAUAUCCUCUUUUUAUUUUGCCUGUUUAACAAGCUCUGCAGAAGCACAAGAAAUGAAGAAAGAAAAUCACAAUCACAAUGGAAAAUUAAUGGUCUAAUUUUCAAUAAAAGUUGAUUAAAUAAGUUGUUAAAGAUGAGAAGACAGGGGCAAUAUGGUGAUCAUCAUGGAGCUGAUACAUAUACUGGCGGUGCUCAUAUGCAGCAUUUAUCUUCUCAGAGGAUGGAAAACAGGCCCGAGUCUGACCAUUUCCAAGGACGGCUUGAGGCGUUCACUCCGGAACGAGAGCAGCAUUUUUAUCCCAGUUCGAAAGUUGAGGGACAAUGGAGAUGGGAAAGAGAUGAAUCAAAAAUGUCUCAUCCACUUCCGUCUCAAAUUUUCGCUGAAGGUCAAGGGGUUGAUGCGACAAGAUCCUAUUUCCAACGAAAAGGUCCUGGGCAAGAUGCGAAACUGGCUUUAGAGAAGCAAGGCACUAAUGAUCCUAGAUUUGGACCCCGUGAGGACAACAUGCAAAUUGGAUUUGAAGACAAACCUUUGGUGCAGAAUUUUGAAGGUAUUGAACAUAAAUUCCUCGACGACAUUAUGAAACUUGCCAAAGAUCAAAAUGAUGCUGAGGAUGCAGAAAAUGUCAGACAUAGAGAGAAGAUAAGUGCAAUAAAUACUCAGUAUCAGGAACAAUUAGAAGCACUUCGAGCCCGGCAUGCCAGUCGUAGAGAUGAGUUCCUCCAUAAGGAGUCACAGGCACGCCAGCAUCAAUAUCAGCAAUCCAUGAUGGGCGAUUUUCCUAGUAGUGGCAUGGUCCCUAGCGAUCCUCAUGGUUACAGUGCAGGUGCACCCUCAGCUGUCACAAAUGAAGCUCAUCGAGCCUAUGCUACAGAUCAAUUUGACUCAUACAGGGAGCCUGCUCGAGUUCAUGGAGGCUCUAGGGAUCAAGGAUUUGAGGCUAGAGGUCCAUAUCCUGGGGGCCGUGUUUAUGAAACUGGAAGACGCUAUUACUAAUUAACAGGCGCAACUUAGAUAUGCUUCCUUGCUAUUUCCUUUGCACCAGAGUGUAUUCGGACAACACUGUCCGAGUCAUUCUAACCUAUCUUUAUUUUGACAGGUUGAUUCAAGAAGUUACUCUAGUCACACCAAAACUAUUAUUCGGCGCCGUAGAAACGAGUAUUCGUUUCAAAAAAUAAAAAUCAUAAUUUUUGUUUUUCGAUGGCUAUCGAUGGACAAUGGGGAACACCCGCCACCACCAGAAGUGGUUCUCGUAUCUAAGGCACAACCAGUGAGCAAUGGACUGAUUCCUGCAUUGAUUCAUGCAGAGGGAGGUGUCAGCAGAACAUCAACUGGGAUAACCAAUGUAAUACUAUCAAAUAUGAUGCACAAAAUUGCAAUAUACAAUGUUGUGAUUAAGUAAUAAAGAGUCAGUAGAGUGCCAAA